GAACUGUGCGAGAGGAUUAGUGAGGGAAGGACAAGAGCACGGCUAGCAGAAUGGCGUCCGCGGGGAAUGGAGGAACUGGAGCAGGGAGUUCGACCAUCUGCUUCAACUGCAACCAAGCUGGCCAUAUAGCGAGAGAUUGUCCGUUGAAAGGACAAGGUGCGUUUGCGAACAACACAAAGUAUUGGCAAUCAAGGAAAGAGAAUGAGGACAGCAGAAACCGUGUUGUCAGGUGGGCUGACUACAAGAUGCAGAAAGAAAUGGAGAAAGAGGAAAAUAAGAAGAUGGAGGAGGAAAGGAGAAAGGCAGAAUCCGAACGAAGAAGACAGCAAUUAGACGAAGAAAGGCGCGAAGAGAAGAUCCGGAGGAUGAUUGCGGAAUCCGAGCGAAGAAUGGUAGAGGAAUGCGACAGAAGAGACAGAAAGUUGGAAGAGGCGGAGCUACGUAUGGUAGCGGCAAUGACAAGGGAUUUGCGGAACUUCAGAGCGGAGAUAAAGACUGAGAUCCAGAUGACGCUAGCAGUAAACUCCAAGACCACAAAACGAGACCGUGAUGGGCUAAUAGGCGGGUUGGAUGUGUACCUGAUGGAGGAGGAAGUGCUGACAAACGAUGGUUUGAAGCUACCGCCAAAGCGAGCGAGAGGGAAGCGGAUUGCGAAGAACUUCGGAGCCUUAGACGAGUGGGAAGAGUAGGCAAGGGUCAUGUCAAGAGCAGAUUACGAAAAGAGUUUGAGAAGGAAGGCCUGUAUGCCGGCAAGGACCACAGUUGUUGGAAAGGAGUCCCCGGCAUCUACUAGCAGCAAGGGGAAUAUUGUGCAAAGAGCCCUGGAGACUAGAGCGAAGCUCAUGGCAAGAGAGUGGCGGAAAAUCAAGAAACUAUGUGAGGCGAGAGACAUUACCUAUGUUUCCAAGGAGCAAGGGGUUCGGGAAUUGUUGAAUAGAGCUGCGUGGAGCGAUGACGAUGAGCUCUUCAAUGAAACAUGGGAGCAAGA